UCGGCAUUAGGUUUUAGGGCUCGUGGGUGAUCCGAACCUCCUCCCACCAUCCCCUUCCAGCAGGUAUCCGCACCGCGAGCCCAGUCUUCAUCUCUGCAAGACCAAACCAACCUACCGAAGAACUCCUACGCCGGAUCUCGACACCAAACCGCAUCAGCGAGCCGAGAUAGCCGUAACAGAGGAAGAAGAACAACUCCCGAACCAGCGCGAACACAAACCCCUGGCUUGAGUCUUGAUAUCCGAGAUAUUGAAUUGCGAGGAUGACUCCAGCAGCGAAAAGGGCACGGAUCGCGGGCCCGCGGCAGUCAUCCGAGAGCGAGCAGAAUGGUGGUGGUGGGAGGGGUGUGAACGGAUCUACGCGGGCGCGGAGUGAGAAGAGUUAUGCGGAGCUGGAUGACGACGAGGACGAGGACGACAGUAACGGAGACGACGAGGAUGAAGAUGAUGAGGAAGCAAACGGCGCGAGUGGCGACAGCGGGGAUUCCGACGACGAGGACGAGGAGAAGGAGAAGGAGGAGGACGACGAGAGUCAAAAGGAGGAUGACCCCAGCGACGAACCGAUUCAGUUCAAAGUAGUAUAUCGCGGCUCGCUCGCAAAGAAAUCGCGGAAACGGAAAUCAGCACAGACAAAGGAGGGCGAAGACUACCCGGUGUACGAGGAACCUGCGGAUUCGGCGGAUUACCAGGUCGAGCCGAAAAGCGCGUGGAAUAAGAUGCAGUCUUACAGGAAUUUUAUAGUCGCGGACGAGAAAUUUAAAACUGGAGAGUACGUGUUUGUGAAGAACGAGCAGAGCACGGUAGCUUCGACAAUCACGGAUCAGAUGCAGUUCUGGGUCGGUCGCGUGCUCGAGAUCAGAGCUACGGAUCCGACGCGUGUCUACGUUCGUAUAUUCUGGAUGUAUUGGCCGAAUGAGUUACCUGGUGGUCGGAGGCCGUAUCAUGGUAAACGAGAGCUCGUGGCCUCGUGCCAUCAAGACGUUAUUGACGUGAUGUCUAUUUCCACGCGUGCACCGGUGGUGCACUGGACUGAAAGCGACGAUCCGAACGGUGACGUUUUGGGAGAGCUGUACUGGCGACAACUGUACUUGUCGUACACCAACGAACUCUUGCCCUUGCGACAGCACUGCAAAUGUAUGCAAUUCAGCAACCCCGACAUCGCCAUGAUCUGGUGCUCAAGCUGCUACAAACGUCUACACCAAGAAUGCAUAAUCGACGACAUCCUCGACCGCUACAGCUACGACAUUGCCGACGUCGAGACGAUCAAGGCCGCGAGAAAGGCAGACGGGUACGGGAAAAAAGGCGCGCAGGCAAAGAAAGCGGCGAAAAUGCUAAAGGGCGCAGAGUGCCCGGUCACGAUCGAGAUCAAGAACCGAGAGGCGGUCGCGAAGGCGUACUAUAAGAGUAUGAGCGGGGAGAUGAAGGAGGCGAGUAUAAUAUGCCUGCUCUGCAAGGCUGAUUUGUCGGACGCCAGCUAGGCUUUAUGUAUGGCUACUAUCUGCAAUAGAGGCGGACAAUGUAGUUAUGAAUUGCCGUAAUAGUGUACCCUAACCCCAUCAUCCCAAUGACGUCGAAAGUGGCUGGCUGGCUGAGAGGGCGAAUCUCGAGAGAGCCAG